GUGGCGGCGGCUGCGGGACGUCCGUGCGGCUGCACGGCCCGGCGCGGGCGGCGGGGCCGUGCCCUCCCUCUCACCGCGCUUCCCCUCGCCGCUGCCCGCGUGCGAUCGAUGAUGGCGGAGCAGCUGCCCCCGGGACCCCCCUCGGUGAUUUUUUGCCAGGACUCGCCGAAGCGCGUCCUGGUCUCCGUUAUCAAAACCACCCCGAUCAAACCCUCCCCGGCGUGGGGCGGGGGCGAGGAGCCGAUGCCCGUCCCGCCGGUCCCCACCAGCCCCGGCUUCAGCGACUUCAUGGUCUACCCGUGGCGCUGGGGCGAGAACGCGCACAACGUGACCCUCAGCCCCGGAGGCGGCGACAGCACCCCCGGCCCCUCGGCGCUGCCGCCGCCCCGCGGGGCCGCGGGCAGAGACCCCGCCGGGGACGAGGAGCCCGCGGAGAGCGGCGGCCGCCACCGGCACCCCAAGGAUGGCAUCAGACGCGGCCGCCCCAGAGCAGACACCGUCCGAGACCUGAUCAGUGAAGGAGAGCACUCCUCCAGCAGGAUACGCUGCAAUAUCUGCAACAGGGUCUUCCCACGGGGGAAGUCACUGCAGGCCCACAAGCGCACUCACACGGGUGAAAGGCCCUAUUUAUGUGACUACCCAGAUUGUGGGAAAGCCUUUGUGCAGAGUGGGCAGCUCAAAACUCACCAGCGUCUCCACACAGGAGAGAAACCAUUCGUCUGCUCAGAGAAUGGCUGUUUGAGCAGAUUCACACACGCAAACCGUCACUGCCCCAAACAUCCCUACGCCCGGCUGAAGAGGGAGGAGCUCACGGACAGGCUGACCAAGAGGCAGACGGCUGACAACAAAGCUGUGGCUGAGUGGCUAGCAAAGUAAGUUCCCUCGUGGUCUCACCUUCCUUGAAAUACUUAUAAGGGUGGUCUGACAAAGCAUUUUCUUCUUCAGGACAGUAAAACCC